AUGUUCGCGUGGCUCGGAUUGAUUCACGUCGACGUCGCGGUGACGGCGCUGGCGGUGUGGACGCUGCCGAGCGCGAUGGCGGUGACGGCGCUCGCGACGCUGGUCGCGGCGGCGGCGAUCCCGCGGACGGUGGCGACGCCGAGGUGGGGCGCGCGGUUGGCGCGCGCGGUGACGAGGACGGCGACGGCGUACUUUCCGACGCGAUUGGAAUUCGAAGACGAGGAGGCGUAUCUGCGAGCGGUGAGGAACGAAGAGGCGUGCGUGAUAGGACUGGAACCGCACGGGGUGCUGCCGCUGAGCGUGAUAUCGUUCGCGGAGUAUUUUAUGCACGAUGAGGAGGGGGCGCGGCGACGAGGAUUGACGCCGGCGGCGAGACGAGGCGCGCGGGCGCUGGCGAGCGCGGCGAUAUUUAAAGUCCCGCUCGUGAAACAUCUGUGGACGUGGUUGGGGUUGGAUCCGAUCUCGAAGGCGUGCAUGCUGAGGAUGCUGCGAGCGGGGAAGACGGCGGUGAUCAUUCCCGGCGGCGUCGCCGAGUGCAUGGCGAUGGAACGCGGCGUGGAGACGUUGUAUUUGCGCAAGCGAUACGGAUUCGUGAAGAUCGCCAUCGUGACCGGAGCGAAACUGAUUCCCGCGUACACGUUCGGACAAAGUCGGACGUACGGGUACUGGCGGCUCGGGCCGCCGAUCGUGCCGAAAUUCGUGGCGGAUUGGAUCGGGAAGACGUUUUCGUUCGCGCCGAUUAUUUUCUGGGGGAAAUUUUGCACGCCCAUCCCGUACGCGACGGCGCUCAACACGGUCGUGGGCAAACCGAUCGAGGUUGAAAAAAACCCAGAUCCGAGCAAGGAAGAGGUUCAGGCGAAAUUGGACGAGUUUAUCGACGCCAUGCGUUCGCUGUACGACAGUCACAAGGCGAGAUUCGGUUACGAAGACGUUCGACUCGUGAUUUGUUAG